AUGAACGAGGCACUGGGCUCUAUUUUCUCCGGCGCAAUCCCUGCCCAAUUCAUGUCUGGCAACCAAUCCAAGGGCGAAAGCCAAAAUGGCGAGACCCCUUCCGAAAGCUCAUCCCAAACCAAAGACCGCAUUAUAAAAGAGAUUCAGAGCAGAGUUGAAGAAGCAAAAGGUCUUCAAGAGAAAUCUAUCGAACUACACGAAAAAGCAGAUAAAGAAGAGGACCCGGAAGAAGCGGAAAACAUACGUCAUGAAGCAAGAGAAAUCGACAAGAAAGCAGCCAAGCUUAUGAAAACGGCCGAAAGACUUGAGAAGGGAUGGUUGCAGGGUGGUGCAAUGGGUACUGGUAUCGGAGCUGGUGUUGCGAGUGGUUUGGGCAUGGGUGUUGGCGCACUAUUGACAGGCGUCGUAGCUAUUCCAACGGCUGGUCUUGGAUUACUUAUCGGUGCUGGAACGGGACUUGCGCAUGGGAGUUGGGUCAAGUUUACCGAUGCUUUCACAAAGGAUGAGGCUGAGGGUAUUGUUAAUGAGGCUGAGGAGGAAGCGGAAAGGAUUGCAAAGGGUUGA